GUUAUAUUGUACAUACUGCUGUAAAUAUAUAAAAUAAACUUGAAUCAGAUACUAAAAUAUGAUCGGUACUGUUUACGAGUUCGUCACAAUAGUUAAACUAUAAUAUAUAAGUCAUUAUUAUGUUAUUACAAACUUUAUAUAAAUAUUUAUAAAAAAACAUUUAUAUUAACAGUAGAGGGUAAAGAACGUACGCAGAUCGCCAAAUAGUUCUGGAAAUACGUAAAAUCCUCCUGAUUUAUUUAUUGUGCCGCCAGAUCAACGCCUACGUCAUGUCACGUGGUUUCGUUACGUACUGUUCCCGGAAGUGAGCUUUCCGUGCGCUUCCAUAAAGUCUCGUUUCCAGACCAAAGAACGUGUGUUAAAGUGACUUUAAAAAGAAAAAAAAGAAAACCAGACGAGAUAAUUUACCUGAAUUAUUAGUUAUUUUGUGUGAACUUACCUGCAGCCAUGGCACAGGCUUUAGCAACAUUGAGGGAAAAGUUUAAGGAACAGGAGAAGGAAAUAGCAGCUCUUAGGGAGAAAGUGGCUCAAUUGGAAAUGAGUAAAACCCCGGCUCCAAGGCCUGACGUCAAAGUGACUCCUCCCACUUCACUGACAGCCAAGUCCUCCCUCAGCAACGAGGACAUCAUGAGGUACAGCCGACAGCUCCUUCUCCCUGAGUUUGGUGUCAAAGGUCAGAUCAACUUGUCAAAGACGUCCGUGCUGGUCGUCGGCUGCGGAGGACUAGGCUGCCCCCUGGCACAGUACCUGGCAGCGGCAGGCGUAGGUCGACUGGGUCUAAUAGACUACGACGAGGUGGAGCUCAAUAACCUGCACAGACAGGUGCUGCACAGAGAAGAGAACCAAGGACAGGCCAAGGCUUUAUCUGCUGCCAGUGCUAUUAAAAGUUUAAAUUCCACUGUACAGUGUUGUCCAUAUCAGCUGCAACUGUCACCAGAAAAUGCCCUGGAUCUCAUUCAACAGUAUGACAUCGUGGCAGAUUGUUCUGAUAACGUGCCCACUCGUUAUCUGGUGAACGAUGCCUGCGUCCUCAGUGGAAAGCCUCUGGUGUCGGCGAGCGCUCUAAGAAUGGAGGGACAGUUGACAAUAUAUAAUUAUAAAGGAGGCCCCUGUUAUAGAUGUCUGUACCCUGCACCACCUCCACCAGACACAGUCACCAACUGUUCUGAUGGAGGAGUUUUAGGAGUCGUUCCAGGAAUAAUGGGCUGUUUACAGGCUUUAGAAGUUUUCAAGAUCGCCUCUGGACAAGGAUCGUCCUUACACCAGCAGCUGAUGAUGUUCGAUGCCCAGGAUGCCAGAUUUAGGUCCAUCAAGCUGCGGCCCAGGCAGAGUGACUGUGCAGUGUGUGGACAGAACCCCAGUGUGACCAAACUGGUGGACUACGAGAGCUUCUGUGGAUCUGCAGCCACUGAUAAGUGCCGGAAACUCAACCUUCUGUCCAGGGAUCAGAGGAUCACAGUUCAGGCUUACAAGCUGAUGCUGGAUAAAGCUGAGCCCCAUCUCUUGUUGGACGUACGCCCUCUUGUGGAGGUGGAUAUAUGCUCCCUGCCCUUCUCUCUCAGUAUCCUUUUGGAGAUGACUGUGCAAAAACACUGUGUCCUGUUGUCUGUGUUUCCUGUUGCCCGUAUUUCCUGUUGCCUGUGUUUCCUGUUGCCUGUGUUCCUUAUGCUACUGCUCCCAGACAUCCCUCUGUCACAGUUAGAGGCCAAAAACAGUGACGACAUCCACCUGCUGAGAGAGAGAAUCAGUCACUUAAAACACCAGAUCGCAGGUAUCUCCCAGCCUCCAGUCUUUGUCAUCUGUAAGUUGGGGAACGACUCACAGAAGGCAGUGAACAUUCUGGAGCAGAUGAGUGGAUUACAGGUGGACAGUAUCAUUGUCAAGGACAUCUGUGGUGGACUGAUGGCCUGGGCCAACAUUGUUGACCCCUCAUUUCCACAAUAUUGAAGUUUUUUUUUUUAAUGUUGAAACCUGAGACAUUUUUUUUAUUUUCUCUAACUUUUUUCACUCUGUGUUGUGAACUCAUCGUUCAAAAAUUGGAGCUGAUUCUAUGUGAAAACUCCAACUUUUGGGGAUAAGGAUAAGAUAAAAAUAAAAAACAUAAAUAUUGUACAUACAAAUACACAUACAUAUGUCCCAUAAAAGUAUACAAUAUUCACAUGAACAUAUAUAAUGGUUAACAAAACGUUAGGAACGUUUCUUAUCCCUUGGUCUUUCGCUCCUUUAAAGCGAUUAAAACGGUGUUUUACAAUAAAAUAAAUGAUUCAAUACAAAAACGUGGAUAUUUAAAGUGAAGGUAAAUAUACAAAUUGUUAACAAUGAGACUUAAUACUUCAGGGAAAUUUAAUGUUAUUGUGUUGACUGUAAAGACUUGUUAUAUAUUUCCGUUUUUGUAAAAAACUGUUUGCGUGUAUUCUGUGUUUUAUAUUUGGCUUAACGUGGCUGAAAGGAAACGACGUACGUAUUGUUUGUGUUGUGCACACGCUGCAGAAUUUACAAUAAAGUUAACUUUUGACACUAA